AUGGCUGCUAGUGCAAAAAAAUAUCCACUGGGCUCUUCUCAGGAACAUAUUGAAAUGUGUAAAACCCAUGAUUUACCUAUUGAUAUGAUAUGCGAGGAAUGUGCCAAAACAGAUCAUAAGGAACAUGAUUGGAACACUCUACCCACGGUAGCUGCCGAAAAAAGGAGGGGUUUGAUUAGAUUUCUGAAAAAGAUCAAGGAAGAGGAUCCGUCUGGGAUUGAUGAGAAGAUAGAGAAGAUGUCAUUACAGAUCACAAAUGAACUGAACCAUGUGAAAUCUGAGUUACAGAGGAAGAAACAAGGAUUUGUUGACACGUUGGAAUUCAUGGAGGAGAACAACAGCACCAUGUCAGAUUACAGCUUCAUUGAUAACUACAGAGAACUGACAAAAAUGCUGUCUGAAUUGGAGUUUCAUAUGACAAACUGUGAAUUCACUAGAGGGGACGUCAAUGAUGAAUUAUUAAAUUCUGUGUUUGGAAAAACUUGGGAUUUAGAAGAUAUUGGUUCUAAAGAUGUAGAAAAAGUCAAUCAGCAAGGCAAAAAAGAACACAAAUUUUAUAUUUUUCCUAAUGACAUGUGUGUGACUGAUACUGGUAAUGUUUAUUUCACUGACGUCAGAAACAAGUCCAUCAGCCGACUGUCACCAUCAGGACCUGUCUCUACAGUCAUCAGUACAGAUCCACUGGUACCAGGAGGAAUCUUGACAGGUGAUGUCAUCCAUGAGUAUGAGUACCAGGAGGACGGUCAGACCAGACUGUUUACAGCCCCAUACAAAGUCACAGAGAACAGGAAAGGUGAUAUCUGUGUUGUGAACGGUACAGGUGUCACUACAGGUGAACUUAUAAUUAUGUCUCCCUCUGGUCGUAUGAAGUUAGUGUACCAUGGACUGAACCUGAUAAAGAAUCCAAAUGAUGUAGUGUGUGAUUCUCUCUGUAACAUCCUUGUUAAUGAUCUUUACAACAAACAGAUCCAUCUACUGAGUCCUGACGGGGAGUUCCUGAAGUUUAACUGA